GGUUCCAGCGAGCACCAUUUUGGCCAUUAUCUGCAAGUGGAAAGAACAUCAUCAUCAACAUCCGCACAAGAUUUCAGACAGAGGGAAAAGAAUUAUGUGAGGAGUUGUCCAGGAGCCAGCGACCCCUUGCUACAGAAAGACCCGGAAUCAACAGUGUCUGCAUUCAGGAUUGUGCUGCUGGGCAAAAGUGAAGAUAAGAAGACAAAACUUGGUAACUUCAUCAUUGGGUACCAAGGAUUUCACUGCCAAAAACUCAUUCACUGUGUGGCCUCCUGUGGAGAGUGGAGAGGAAAACUACUGACAGUGGUGAAAACUCCAGACUUGUUCAGUCUGUCUGAGGAGGACAUGAGAAGAGAAGUGAAGAGCUGUGUGAGUCUCUGUCAUCCUGGACCAAAUGUUCUGCUGCUGUUGGUGAAACCAUCAAAAUUCACUGAGGAGAACAGAACAACUCUGAAGUUCAUCCUGAGCCUGUUUGGUCACAAUGCCUUUAAACACUCGAUGGUCGUCAUCACACAUGAGAAUGAAAUGAAUUUCUCUGUGAAUGAAGUCCUCAGAGAAUGUGGAGGAAGGCACUACAACAUGUCUGAAGAUAACUAUGGAUCGUUAAUGCAGAAUAUUGAGGAAAUAACAAAUCAAUACAAUCACCUGAUCAAACCAUCUUUAAACCUGGUUCUGUGUGGGAGGAGAGGAGCAGGGAAGACGUCAGCAGCCAAGGCCAUUUUAGGUCAGACUGAGCUUCAUUCAGCCUCCAACUCAUCAGAGUGUGUUAAACAUCAGGGAGAGGUGUGUGGACGUUGGGUUUCCCUGGUGGAGCUGCCUGCCUUGUAUGGAAAACCUCAGGAGGCAGUGAUGGAGGAAUCACUCAGGUGUAUCUCCCUCUGUGAUCCUGAGGGUGUCCAUGCCUUCAUCCUGGUCCUACCUGUGGCUCCCCUCACUGAUGAAGACAAGGGAGAGUUAGAGACCAUCCAGGAUGCAUUCAGCUCUCGAGUCAAUGACUUCACCGUGAUUCUGUUCACUGUGGACUCAGAUCCUACAGAUCCAGCUUUUGUUAACUUCAUAAAGCUAAGCAGGAACAUCCAGGAGCUCUAUGAGAGAUUUGGAGGAAGAUCAGUUGUUCUCAACAUUAAGGACAAACAGCAGAUCCCACUGCUGUUAGAUACUGUGGAAAAAAACUGCUGUUACACAAAAGACACAUUGAUAUAUGGCAAAAUGGAUGAGAUAUCAUGUCAGCAGAAAAAAUUAACUACUCUACAGGAACAGCUUCAUGUGAUGGAGACAAAGCUCACAGUAACUGGUGAUCCUGAGGAGCAGAAUAUACAGCCUCUCAGGAUCGUGCUGAUUGGGAAGACUGGCAGUGGAAAGAGCUCUUCAGGAAACACAAUACUAGGAAGAAAAGAAUUUAAAGCUGCAUCAAGUCACACAUCAGUCACACAGUGUUGUCAAAAAGCACAUGGUGAAGUGGACGGUCGUCCUGUUGCUGUGGUCGACACUCCUGGUCUGUUUGACACAACUCUGUCAAAUGAGAACGUUCAAGAGGAGUUGGUAAAAUGCAUCAGUCUUCUGGCUCCAGGACCACAUGUCUUCCUGUUGGUGUUACAGAUUGGUCGACUCACAGAAGAGGAGAAAGAGACUUUAAGGCUCAUCAAGGAAGUCUUUGGCAAGAAUUCAGAAAUGUUCACCAUUGUUCUUUUUACAAGAGGAGAUGCACUGCAAAAUGAUGAAACGUCCAUUGAAGAGUACAUUGAAAAGGGAUCUAAUGCUUCCUUUAGAAAACUUAUUUCUGACUGUGGAGGAAGAUACCAUGUGUUUAAUAACUAUGAUAAGCAAAAUCAAAAACAAGUCAGUGAGCUGAUAACAAAGAUUGACGCCAUGGUGAAGGACAACAGAGACAGCUACUUCACCAAUGAGAUGCCGCAAGAGGCUGAAGCUGCAAUACAGAAAGAAAUGAAGAGAAUCCUGAAAGAGAAGGAAGAAGAGAUGAAGAAACAGAAGGAGGAGCUUGAAAAUACGUAUGAGGAGAAAAUUCAGUCUAUGAAAAAAAGAAUGGAAGAACAGAGAGCAGAAAUUGAACAAGAGAGAGAACUCAGGGUCAGACAGCUUAAUGAAAAGGAGGAAAACAUAAGAAAGGAGCGAGAGCAGAGGAGGAGAGAACAAGAAAUUAGAAAUGAUGAAGAAAAGAAAAGAAAAAUGCAGGAAGAACGUCAACAACAGGAGUGGGAAAAAGAACGAGAAGCUCUGGAGAAAAAGAUCAAGUCAGGAUCAGAGGAAAAGGAAACAAUUGACAGAAAACUGGAACAGAGUAGAAAAGAGAUGGAAGAAAAACGAGAGGCCUGGGAGAAGGAAAAAAACAAAUGGUGGGAAAAGCGACACCAAGAAGACGACAAGAGACGUCAGGAGGAGCGAGAAAAACUAAAAAAGCUCCAGGAAGAGUAUGAAGAGGAAAAAAGAAAAUAUGACCAUCAGCGAAAGGAAGAAGACCGAAAGAGAAGUGCACAAGAAGAGAAGGAACGAAAAGAACUGGAGGAUAACUAUAAGCAAAAAAUGGAAGACAUGAAAAAGAGUUAUGAGGAGGAGGCAAGAAAACAAGCUGAAGAGUUCAAUGAGUUCAAAGAAAAAUACACCAAAGACCUUCAAGCUCUGAUGUUAAAACAUGCGACAGAACUGAAGGAUUUAAUGCAACAGCAUGAAACAGAGGUACAACAGAAAGAAACAGAAAUGCAGCAGAAAGAGAAAGAACACAGCGAACAGUACAGGCUCUUAGAAGAACUGUCAAAACGCAAAGAAACCACACUCAGAGAUGAUUUGGAGAAAAAAGAUGAAGAACUAAAAGGAGAAAAGGAUGACAAAAAGAAAAUUGUAGAUGAUAAAAAGGCAAGAGAAGAAGAAAUAAAAAAACUGAAGGAACAACAACAAAAAGAAAUAGAUGAUUUUUAUAUCAUACAUGUCAUGAAGAUCAAGAAGUGCACAAUCUGUUGAUCGUCCAUCCUAACAACAAAUAUUUUAUUCACCCGUGUUACAGCUGGUUAGCACCCACCAGUAUCUAUAGCUCUCUGUAACUCAGUAACAGUAACUCAUGUAGUUGUAUUUACAUCCUUUUUUUCUCCAGUGUAUUUGGAAAUUUUUGUUUAUUAGAGUAACUAAAAAAAAUAACUUUAAUUAAAAGAAAGCUUUGUAUAUAACAUUUGUCUUUCAUU